UUUCAUGUUAGGCGUGUUUCUUUUGGUUGAAGCCCCUUAUCUGCAUACUGGCCAUCUCUUUAAUAACAACCCAACUCCACCCCACUGCCCAUUCCUCAUCUCCUCAACCUCCUUUCACCUUUGAACCUUGUGGCAGCAGCAGUAGUAGACCAGCAAAAUGGCCAGUGCACCAGUACUUUCCGGCGCUACAAUCAACACCAUCCUCCUCCAGAAGCAGCCAGCAACUAGCCUACGAUCGGUGUCGAACUUCGGCCAGGGUCUUUUCGGGCUGAAGGGCAGCAGCCGUGGUGGGCGAUUGGUUGCCAUGGCAGAGUACAAUGUGAAGCUGAUCACACCAGAAGGAGAGAAGGAGUUCGUCUGCCCCGACGAUGUAUACGUCCUAGAUCAGGCCGAGGAAAUGGGAAUCGACCUUCCAUAUUCAUGCAGGGCAGGGUCUUGCUCUUCUUGUGCAGGGAAAGUAGUGGGAGGGAAGGUGGAACAGUCGGACGGCAGCUUCCUUGACGACGACCAGAUUGAAGAAGGUUGGGUUCUAACUUGUGUUGCAUACCCUCAAUCUGAUAUUGUCAUUGAGACCCACAAGGAGGAAGAUCUUGUUAGUUAGUUAGUUAGUUAAAUCUGGUAUUUAACUCUCCUCAUUCUCCAUGCUCUUUCCUCUCCAUCUCCAAUAAUGUUCUCUCUAUCAAUGUGGGUUGAUAUAUCGGUAAAUGGGAGAGUUCGACAUCGACGUUUCUAGUAUCUUUUAUAUACUUAUAAAAACGUUAUCUAUUAACAUGUUCAACUAAAUAUAAAUUUCAUUACCAAUA